AUGUUUGAAGAGGCUACUUUUCGUAAUGAGUCCCCAGGUGAUAUGGGGCUGCGGCUGAAGCUAGUUGCACGGCAGCAUGCCUUGAAGCGGCUCAUAAAACAUCAGAAGAGUACCGAUACGUUGAUGACUUGUAAGAUACCACCAUCUGAGAGAAUCGACAGUUAUGAUGCUUUUGAGGUUUGGAUAAAACCGAGGCCCAAAGGUUCACAUUCUAAAUCGAAGGUAAGAUCAAGUACUCCACCGUUCAAAGUCUGUACUGAUGAUGAAGUAGAGGCUGCAAACACCAAGAUUAGAGAAUAUAUACGGAAAGUGGACAACACUAUCAAGAAGCCAAUUAGCACGUCUCUUAAUCGACAUUUGAAAGUCUUAUCCUCGGGAUAUGAAAUACUCCCCAAAAAGUCUUUAAUCCUGAAGAGUGAUUCGUUAUCCUAUGAGCCAUACAUGAAGUACCAUGUUGGUCGAUUGAGCAAUUUGUUGCAUCUUUUGGUACUAAGGCAAGAUUGGAAACGUGCCUAUAAAUGCUUUUCACUUCUGAUAAGACAGAGGAAUAUAGAUUUACGUUCCAUAUGGGGAAUUGGCGUUGAAAUACUAACUAGACUAAAUGAGCUAAAGUUUACAGACCAUUUACAAGAAUUUGGUGAAGAUUUUCACUUGGAUGAGUAUGAUAUCCGACUGUUGAGUGUCCUACGAAAUAAAGACCUGAUUCCUGAUCAGAAUCUACGGGGUAGUUUAUUAGAUUUCACUCCCGAUAGCCGGUUAGAUAAAUUUUUGACUUGGAUGCAUGUUUAUUACGGAGUCAAAUAUUUCUACAGUUAUAAUGAUCAAAGUUGGGAGCUGAAACAUUAUCUUUACGGUGCCGAACUUGAGGAGAAUGAGUCUGCACCAGAAGAUACUGAAAAUGAACCCAAUAAUAAGCACCCUAAGAAAAAUUCUGAUAAACUUAGCAUGGCUUGGAGAUUACCGCCGGCUUUCCGAACAGGAUCCAAAACGCAUACCCCAUUAUACGUAACCACUAUGGUUUGGCACUUAAUUAUAUCAUUGGACCUUGACAGGGCAGAGGAAGUUUUGAGCGAGCUACUUUUGGAACCACCGUUCAACAGCGAUGGAAUGUACUUUUAUCUGACUGGGUUAGUGAAAUUUCUGAAAAUUCAGGUAGCUCUUGAUUCUAAUGGCCCUGUCGACCCUAUUAAAGGAUGGGCUCAGGAAUGUCGAGGUCUAUGGGAUAAAGCGCAAUCAAACAAGUUGGAGUUCCCCUUAGCAGAACUCUUGAAGCAUUUAGAGACUUUCGAAUCUCGUGCUGCCAAUUUAGAUAUACACUCUUCCCCAGAUGAUUCAGACAAGUUCUCAGAAGAAGUUCAAAGUUCACCGAUCUCUCUCACAGCCCUAGAAAGCCCUCAACUCAAUGCCAUAGAUUCCACAGAUGAAGACAACUUGGGAAUAAGCUUCUGA